GCUAGCUCAGCCUUCCGCCUACCUCCAUAUUUUAUCUCUUUAGUAUACCUCCAGGCUAUUCUGUUACAAGCCCAGAAUCUUCAAAUACUAGCACCUCGAGAUAAAUACGAAGAAUCCUCCUGGCUCAUUGCCUAUUCACUUCAACUUGAUCCGCUGGACCAUAACAAGCACGAUGUCAGACCUCGGUAUAGCAGUAAUACUAGAUGGUCUACCUAUAGUUGACCAGAAUCAAUCAUCCAUCCUCAGCAGAUUCAUCCUGCGCAAGCUACGAGAUACCAGACCAGACGACCGUACAAAGAUUCUUAUGCCUACUGAUGGACAACAAAUGGGUCUAGGUUUUUGCAUCGUACGAUUUCCGACCACUGCUCUAGCUGAAGCCGCAAUUGAGCGAUUGAAUGGUAUUCAUCUUGAUAGCGCGCACCAAAUUACAGUGGAAAACGUCGAGGUUUCGAGGCGAUAUCGACGAGCAGAAGAAAAGAAUGUUCUUGAUGGGGAGCAAUUGUCGCGCAUUAGCUUGCUUGAUAUUGGCACUAAUUAUGGAUGUCCGUGGUUAUAUAUCCGUGUGCCGGAUCUAUGACGUGCAUCCCGACCAAUCACACCAACGGGAAUGCUCCACUGGUAUUCUGAUACAGCGAGAUCCUUCCAUUUCUUAGCAAUUCCUGAGUAAUAUAUCCGUAAUACCGUACUAAUCUAGCCUGCUUCUGCUGACGGACAUCUUUGUAAUAUCAAC